AUGGAGAUGUUAGGAGACAAUCGGAUUGAAGAUGUGCGUUGGCUAUGUUCCCUCUUAGAAUCCGAUUUGGAUAUACUAGUCAAGCUGAAGGAGAUGGUUAUCCAAAGGGCAUCUUUUAUCCGGCAUGAAUCUUUAGCCAACAAUUUUGACUUAAAGAAGCUUAUAGAUUUGAGUUUUCUGUUAAUGCAAGUCCAAAAACAACAGUUGUGUGAGAUUCCACAAAUGAAGGAAUCUGCUCAUGGGUGUGUGGAGAGAUUGAAUGUAGCAAGACAUGAAAUUAGUGAAGAGUUUAGAGAAAUGGGUGCAGAAGAGUUGAUGGCUUACAUUAGUUCAGAUAGACAGAAAAAGAUAUCUGAGUUGUUUGGUGAUGAUUCUCUUAUAGGGAAGAAGAAGAAAAGAGUUGGUUAUGCCAUUGUUUGCUCUUUUUAG